AUGAGCUGCCGCCACCGAUCUUGUUCUCAUGAGGAUCACGGCUCUUACGGUAUGGGAUUUCCAGACACCAGCCCCAGCUUCGUGAUCGUGGUGAGCGAGCCCCAAAACUAUCGGCACCAACCUGACCGCGUCCCGAGCGAACGGCCCCGAAAGUGUCCUUGCCUAUUCGGGCGCUGGAAGAGGAACCUAUUCACAUCAAGACCCAUGCCUGGUAACGGAGGCGUUGUGUCGGUCGCGGCCAACAGCAAGAAUGGGGGAGUAUCUAUGCCGGGCUUCCAAGACGUCGGAAUGUUUGAAGACGCCGCCAUAAACCCCGCUUGCUGCUUGAUCUCCGAGUGCACUGCGGCAAAACUCCUGGGGAAACAUGCAGCAGAUCAGCUGGCGGAUCCAUGGAUAGUCGAAACCAGCGGCGGGACAAAGUAUAGGUGGUUCAGAAGCUCGAGGCUCGAUGGACCCCGGAAAAAUAUAUUCCGGAGACCCAGGCAAUUACACUCUAUAUAG